UGUAUAAAUAGCUACACAGAUUUGCUAGAUCUAUCCAAUUUGCCACUUGCAGUUCAAGAAGCAACAACAUCAACUAGCAUCAUGUUUAAGCUUGUAGUAAUCUGUGGGUGCUUAAUGGCCGUCGUUAACGGUGCUUUUAUUAGUACUGGUUUGAUCGGUACUUCCGGUCCGGCAACUGUCUCUCUACAACCAUCAGCCGUAGCCCUGCAGCCGGGAACUGUCUCGUUUCCAUCAGUCUCAUCAUCGUCGUCAAACAUAAUCCGUGGGAUUGGUAAUUUAGGUCAACUGGCUGUAGCCACUGGCCAUGCUGCUUCUCCUACCCUUGGACUGGGGAUAAACGGAGUGGCGGUCAACGGAUAUGGACUGGGAGUGAACGGCUACGGACUUGGAGUCAACGGAUACGGGCUCGGCACGGUCAACGGAUAUGGGCUUGGGUACAACGGAUAUGGUCUGCAGACGGUGAAUGGACUGGGAGUAGGUCUUGGCGCAGUCAAGGUUCUUUAAGCGAUCACUCGAUGUUAAAUUACUGAACAAGAUUUCGUGUGGACUUUGUUAUUUGCAUACAAUACUCCUACUGUUAUGCGAGAUGAAACUGAAACUCCCACGUUAUAUUUAAACUAUCGGAAAGCACGUUCAAUUCUAUACCAUGUCACAAAACGAUACGUCAGAGAUUUCCUUCAAUAAAUAUGAUAUAUUACACCCAUAAA